CCGAUUGUUAUUACGGUCUCGACGGUUUUUAGUUAGACCGAAAGAUGGCUGCCGCAACUGAAUCUCCAAAUAUUUCAAGCGGUUAUUCGCCUCAAGAAAUUUUGCAAGAAGUUCGUAACUUCCUUCAUGGUGCCAACUACAAAGCACAAAAUCAAAAGCAGCGUGAGUCUCUGGCACAGUCUGCCCUGAUCCUUCUCCGGACCUUGCCAACUGCCAGACAUGCUGUUUUGGAGUAUAUGGCAAAUAUGUUUGACGAGGCGGUGAAUAAUUAUCUUCUUGAGAUGGAUAUAGGCCAUAAAGUCACAGAUACAGGCAGUCAAGUGAUAGACAGUUUCUUACAUGAUGCGUGUGGAGUUCUGCAUGCCUUUAUACAGACUAACUCCGUGGCCUGGGCUCCUAUCAUUUCAUCAUGGUCGUUAGAAUUGCUAGGUCAUAUCAGCAGUAAAUAUGCGGACAGACGUGGUGUUCCUCAUACUGGUAGCCUGAACGAGCUCCUACAGUUAUGGUUAACUUGUGUACCAACUAAAUUGCUGAUUGAAGUAGCCACCGAGUGUUUUGCUCAAAUGGUAAGUGGAGCGCCAGAAAACUGCGUGGAUUCUUUGCUUGAAGCGUCCGUGAAGUAUACUCCUCAUUUUGACUGGGUAGUUGCUCACAUAGGGUCAGCCUUCCCUCGUACCAUUAUUACACGUGUAUUGAUGUGUGGAUUGAAAGAUUAUUGUCACCACGGUAACCAUGGAGACGGUAAUGUGGAUACCAAAAUACCAAAGAUGGGGUCUGUGGUUGGAAUCUUAGGUCAUCUAGCAUCCAAACACGGGCAUGAUAUUAGGGAUGCACUACUGACAUUAUUCCAGGAAAGUUUAGACACCUCAAGGGGAACCUCGAAAGCCACAACAGUACCGUUUCUUCUACAGCUAGCAUCUAUGUCACCAUUACUUCUACAUAUUCUUGCUACAGAUCUUGUCAAUAUGUUAAAUGCCACAGUUUUGAACCAUCUCCAUGUACAGAUGCAGCCUUGGGUAUCUAAUUAUCCCCAGGAGUUUAAGAGUAUGAUGACACUGGUAGUGCAUCUAGUCAUGCAGACGGAUGUCGGAGCAGAUAAAGUGUUACACUUCCUUGUGUAUAAUGCCACAGUAACUAAAGAUGAUGUUCCAGAAGGUACCAUCCUGCCAUUGCCAGAAAUACAGAAAAUGUGCUCAGCACUGCUUGAUCAGAUAUUAAAUGAGACCCAGGCAAGUAUAUAUAGAAGAGGAAGGCUAGAAUCAUCUAUAGAUCUACCAUUUCUUGGUGCACUUGGAACAAAACUAUCAACUCUUACCAAAGAUCUUCUCAACAGUACAGGUCAAAGAUGUAAAUGGUUACAGAGGUUGAUCUGUUACAUCAUCUUGUAUAAGGGAGAGAAGUUUGGUGCUGACACACUGGCAUUUAUACUGUCAAAUGCAGUAAAUAAUGAACAGCUUGCACAGUUCAUUAAAAUCCAACAAAAUAUUGAAAUGGGAAUGGGGCAAGUACUAAGUGGGUGUGUUCAACAGGUUAUGGACCUCCUACAACAUCAGAGAAGUACCAAUAAGCUCCGCCUCCUGAAUAAUUUGUAUGCUUUGACUAAGUGGGAGGCAUCAUUGGAUAAAACAAUAAUUAGAGCAACAUUCAAGUCCUGUUUAGAGAGUCAUUGGGAGUGCCUGUCAAAGUUGCUGCUCAAUGAUGACGUACAAGUUUCCAUGGUGAUUUUAAAGCUUCUCAAUUAUGUGACUGUACCAAGAAACCUGUCUAGUGGUGCAGCGCUCAGUGUAUGUGGAUCCCUUGUAGCAUUGUUCUUUAAUGUUUUGAAUACAGAAGAUACAAGAGCUGUUAACCCGAUGGUACAAGCCUGCAAAAGAUGUGCCAGGCUGCUGUCUAGUAGACCUUAUGCACAGUCAAUACUUGUCAGAUACCUGAUAGAGGGCGCUGUUGAUUGUGAAAAUAAACAUUUACUGGGAGGGAAGACAGAUCUUGGAACAGCCACUUCAGGCAGUAGGGAUUCUCACACAUCUCUCCGAGCCGAGAAUAAAAAACAUGGCGUCUCCUUGACAACACUGAGGUCACAUUCCAGUGUGUUCCAUGCUGGGGUCAUAGGUCAUGGUUUAAGGGCAAAGACAAAAUUACAUACACUAUCGAAGGAACUUGUAGACAGAAACUGUUUAUUCCUGGAAGAAAUGUUAUGGGACUGUUGUAAAGAGCAUAGAACAAAGGUCGUAGGUCAAAGUGAAGGUCAAGGAGAGGCAGAGGGUCAAGAGAAGACACAUGUUUCAUAUAAUCUGAGGAUCCCGCCAGAUCUAUGUAGGAUGAUAGGAACUCUACUGGUAGAGAUGACCACGCCAGAUGUACUCUAUAACAACAGGUUCUGGCCUGAAGAGGAGUCCCUUAAAAUGACCGUAGAAAGAGACCUUCAUGUAUGGAAAUUUUUUGAUGACAACCCUGUGUUGUGGAGGAUUCUUCAAAUGGUGGCGGGGAAUACUCUUGUGAUAUCGAGAUGUUCAGCUGUACUGAAAUCACUCACGGCAACGAUGAUGCACCAUUUUGAACUGUCGAGGGAGAAGAUGGCAACAAAUACACCAAAACAGCUCGAGUCAGCUUGCUAUUUAGUUAGAAGUCUUGGUAAAAGUGGACUAUUACCUCACCCACUUAACAUCAUGUCAGAGUUGUUCCCAUCCCUAACACCCUAUGAGGUAUAUCUGAUACUGUUAGCUAUUUGGAGAUUUAUGAAGGAAAACCCACCAACAGAGGAUCCGGACGAAGUUACUAGAAGAGUUUGUGAGCCAAGGCAUUUAGAGGUAGUUAAGUCAAUAGUACACUGUAAUAUAGAAACAUUUGGACAAUUUUAUGCCCGAUUCUUCCCACAAGGUGCUGACGUAAAACAAGAGGAAGAUGGAGAGUCAUGAAACACAUGGAAGUGAAAUACUGGUAUUGUUAUGUUUAGAUUGGGAAAUGAAAUAGUGCUAUAAAAAGAAAGUGAAAUAGUAUUAUAAAUUUGGAAAUGAAAUAGUGUUUGACAUAAUGGAACUGAAGUGUUAUAAAUUGGGAAAAUGAAAAAGUGUUUGACAUUGUGGAAAUGAAAAAUGUGUUGUAAAUCGGGAAAUGAAAUAGGG